UCUGUAGAAUAUAUAGCCACGGCCUUUAGCAGUUUUGUACGUUCUUUUCCCAAUAGUUACGUACGAAAGGGGGCAAUGAAUGUGUGGUGGUGUUUGUUUCUUCUGAUUGCAGUAGCAUCCUCGCAGGGAAAAGCUUCAAAUGGUGCCUCGAAGGAUCCUCCUCCACCUCCUGCACCUGGAUGCGGUGAAGUGAAUGGGCAAGGUGGAGCCACGAACUCUUCGACGUCAAGCACAGCUACGGCCCCACCAUCAACGUCUACUACAUCGUCAACCAUGACCACACCGUCAACCACGACCACUACGUCUCCGUCAACCUCGACCACACCCACAACCACGACCACAUUGUCGACGACCACCACGCGAGAUGCUCGUCAAGGUGGCAAUGAAAGAUUUGCCGUUAUUGUCAACAAACGUGGCUGUAUCCGAAGAGUUCUUUCAUCUUAUGGGAGUUUGUACCCUGCUAGUUGUCUAGUGCGAUGUCCCUUGUACGACAAAAUAAUGCCUGACGGGAGGACCUGUUUGAAGGUAAUUAGGAAUCAACUUCAGGAGCGCCGAAGCGUUGCGAAAUUGAGGUGUUGGAAAGGAUACUGCCGCGACGGCGUGUGCGUUACUACGCAUUUCUCUCAGCAGUGUGAAGUACCGAAAAACAGAACCUUUACUCGACGUCCAGAUCUCCUUGCCGAAUAAAUGUUUCGCCUGAAGAUGCUGGGUCAGAUAUAAACCACGAAGUGGCAACUGCUUGGUGCCAGUGAGCACUUCUGGGAAAUGAUUGUAUGUAUGUCCACAGAGAAUAAACCCACCAGUAAAC